AGAUGAGGUCUCUUCAUUUUGCCCAGGCUGUUCUUGAACUUCUGGGCUCAGGCAAUCCUUUCGCCUCUGCCUCCCAAAGUGCUGGGAUUACAGGCACCGUUGAAGGAUGUUUGUUCCAAGAUCUCUAAAAAUCAAGAGAAAUGCUGAUGAUCAUGGCAAAAGUUGUGUGGCUAAGAAAAUUAAACCAGAAGCAGAAGACCUUGAGCUAGACAAGGGCCAAGAAAUUCCAGCUGAUUCUUUAGUUACAGAAGAAACCACAACACCAGACAGGCACAGCAGUGAAUCAUGCCCCUUCCCCAGUCCAUCAGACCAGUUGGCUGAGGUUUGUUCCGUAGGUUCUGAGCAGGGUGCGAAGGACAACCAUCCUUCUGAAGAGCCUGUUAAGUCGUUUUCCAAAACACAGCGCUGGGCAGAACCUGGGGAACCUGUCUGUGUGGUCUGUGGUCGUUAUGGAGAAUACAUUUGUGAUAAGACAGACGAAGACGUGUGUAGCUUGGAGUGUAAAGCAAAACAUCUUCUACAAGUUAAGGAAAAGGAAGAGAAAUUAAAACUCAGCAAUCCACAGAAAGCGAAUUCUGAGCCAGCCUCUCCAUGGAAUGCUUUCUAUGUCUACAAAGAGCACCCCUUUAUUUCAAACCUCCAGGAAGACCAGAUUGAAAAUCUUAAGCAGCAGCUGGGAAUUUUAGUUCAAGGGCAAGAAGUCACCAGGCCCAUUAUUGACUUUGAACAUUGUGGUUUCCCUGAGGUCUUAAACCACAACUUGAAGAAAUGGGGUUAUGAGGUGCCAACCCCCAUCCAAAUGCAGAUGAUUCCUGUGGGACUUCUGGGAAGAGACAUAAUGGCCAGUGCGGAUACUGGCUCAGGAAAAACAGCUGCUUUUCUUCUUCCUGUUAUCAUGCAGGUUUUAUUUGAGAGCAAAACUCCAUCUGCACUCAUUCUUACACCAACACGAGAGUUGGCCAUUCAGAUAGAGAGACAAACUAAAGACUUGAUGAGUGGCCUGCCACGCAUGAAAACUGUGCUUCUGGUGGGAGGCUUACCCUUACCCCCACAGCUCUAUCGUUUGCAACAACGUGUUAAGGUUAUCAUAGCAACCCCUGGACGACUCCUGGAUAUAAUAAAACAGAGCUCUGUAAAACUCUGUGGUAUAAAAAUUGUGGUAGUAGAUGAAGCUGACACCAUGUUAAAGAUGGGCUUUCAACAGCAAGUGCUUGAUAUUUUGGAAAAUGUUCCUAAUGAUUGUCAGACCAUUUUGGUUUCAGCCACAAUUCCAACAAGCAUAGAACAGCUAGCAAUCCAACUUCUGCAUAAUCCUGUGAGAAUUAUCACUGGAGAAAAGAACCUACCUUGUGCCAAUGUACGUCAGAUUAUUUUGUGGGUGGAAGACCCAGCCAAGAAGAAAAAAUUAUUUGAAAUCUUAAAUGAUAAGAAACUCUUUAAGCCUCCAGUGUUAGUAUUUGUGGACUGCAAACUAGGAGCAGAUCUGUUGAGUGAGGCCAUUCAAAAAAUCACAGGUCUAAAAAGCAUAUCUAUACAUUCGGAGAAGUCACAAACGGAAAGAAAAAACAUAUUGAAGGGAUUACUGGAAGGAGACUAUGAAGUUGUAGUGAGCACAGGAGUCCUGGGACGAGGCCUAGACUUGAUCAGUGUCAAACUGGUUGUCAAUUUUGAUAUGCCUUCAAGUAUGGAUGAGUAUGUCCAUCAGGUUGGAAGAGUGGGGAGAUUAGGUCAAAAUGGAAUGGCAAUUACUUUCAUCAAUAAUAAUUCAAAAAGACUCUUCUGGGAUAUUGCAAAAAGAGUAAAACCCACAGGAUCUAUUCUACCGCCGCAGUUAUUAAAUUCCCCUUAUCUUCAUGACCAGAAGAGAAAAGAACAACAGAAAGAUAAACAGACACAGAAUGAUCUGGUUACAGGAGCUGAUCUUAUGGACAUUAUUAGAAAACAUGAUAAAAGUCAUUCUCAAAAAUGAUUUGCUAUGCCACUUUGAAUGAUUUUUUUUGUUGUGUGUAGUCAGCAAAAUUUCUGUAAAUUAUUACUGUAUGGUUUGAGUAAGUAGAAUUGUACAUGAAACAAAAAAAUCUUUAAGAUAUGAUUUUUUAAAUUUACUAAGAUUUCUACAAUAUUGUUUUUAUUUCCCUUAUUAAUUCUCAUAAGUUAAAAACAUCAGAAGAUGAAUUUUUAAAUAAAGUAAAAUUGUUUUCUCUGA